AGAUUUUCUCUUAUGCAGUCUUGCUUGACUAGUCAUGAAGGAAUCAUUGAGGCUUGUAGAUCUAGCUCAAAAAGAAGAUAGGGAAAUGGGAAUAGAAACACAUAAGCCAAGAUAUACGAGCACCAUAACCUGUGAGAAGUUUGAAGAACUCUGUGAGGAUCUUUGGGAGAAAUCUCUUACACCUGUGAAAGAAGUUCUCAAGUAUUCUGGUUUGGAAGUGGAUGACAUAUAUGCAGUGGAGUUGAUUGGAGGAGCAACUAGGGUACCGAAGUUGCAGGUUAAGCUCCAGGAAUCUCUUGGAAAAAAAGAGCUGCACAAACACCUGGAUGCUGAUGAAGCAAUUGUUCUUGGUGCAGCCCUUCAUGCUGCAAGCGAUGGAAUCAAAUUGAAUCGUAAGCUAGGAAUGACAGAUGGUUCUUCGUAUGGAUUCUUUGUUGAAUUAGAUGGACCUGAUCUUUUGAAAAACGAUAGCAACAAGCAGUUACUUGUUCCACGGAUGAAGAAACUCCCCAGUAAGAUGUUCAGGACCAUCGCCCAUGAUAAAGAUUUUGGAGUUUCACUUGCCUAUGAAAGUGGAGAUCUUCUACCACCUGGUCUUUUGUCCCCUGUGUUUGCUCAGUGUGUUGUGUCUGGUUUGGCAGAAGCAUCUGAGAAGUAUGCAUCUCACAAUUUAUCUGCACCUAUCAAAACAAACCUACACUUUUCACUUAGUAGAAGUGGAAUCAUUUCUUUAGAUCGAGUGGAUUCUGUUAUUGAAAUAUCAGAGUGGGUAGAAGUUCCUAGAAAGAAUAUAUCGGCAGAGAAUGCAACUGUUGCUUCAUCUAACAUAUCUGCUGAAGUUGGUGCCGAAAAGGUGUCAGAAGAAAAUAAAGAAGGCUUGAAUUCUGAUAGUGUAGUGAGCAGUGCAUCUAAUACUAACACUAACACUAACACUAACACUACUGUUGAAGAACCAAGCACAGUUGAUCUUGGUACAGAGAACCUGGAAUGUCUCUGUCAAAAGAGUCUCUUGCUGAAGCCAAAGCUUGAAUCUGAAGAAUUUGAGAAAAUGUCUUCUGUAGAUGAACGCCAAUCCUUUAUGGAAAAGCUUGAUGAGGUUCAAGAAUGGCUAUACACUGAUGGAGAAGAAGCCACAGCUACAGAGUUUCAAGAACGCCUUAAUUCAUUAACAGAUAUUGGUGAUCCGAUAGUGUUCUGGCCUCGGGUCUUGCUUAGUCAGAUGAACGGGAAUGGUAGUAGCUUAACCAGGCUUUAAUUUGUCAUUAUACGAACAUAGUUGAUGGGGGCAUUUCUGGGUAAUCUAAUUUGUCCUGGAAAAUUUUCGGCAUUCUGAUUAGGAUAUUCGUUAUAUAAGAAACAUUUAUAAUCAUA